UUGAUCGAGCGUUUCUCCAUCGUCUAGCUCCCCGAUGGGAUCGCUGAGCGUGGCGGUGAUCGGCGCGGGGGCGGCGGGGCUGGCGGCGGCGCGGGAGCUCCGGCGCGAGGGCCACGGCCCCGUCGUCGUCUUCGAGCGCUGCGCCGGCGUGGGCGGCACCUGGCUCUACGACGACAAGGUCAGCACCAAUCACCACUCGAGCCUCUACGCGUCGCUCCGCACCAACCUGCCGCGCGAGACCAUGGGAUUCCUCGACUUCCCCUUGGUCUCCUCCGAUUCCGGCGACUCGCGGAGGUUCCCUGGCCACGCCGAGGUGCUCCGGUACCUCCAGGAGUUCGCCCGGCGGUUCGACCUCCAUGGGAUGGUUAAGCUCCAGACGGAGGUGCUCAGCGUCCGCAGGGAGGCCAGCAGCAGCUGGAAGGUGACGUACUCGAGGAAGCAGGAGGAGAAGGAAGUAAUAGUAGAGGAGGAGGUGUUCGACGCCGUCGUCGUCUGCAACGGCCACUUCACCCACCCGCGCCUCGCCGACAUCGCCGGCAUAGAUGGAUGGCCUGGGAAGCAGAUGCACAGCCACAGCUACCGCGUGGCAGACCCAUUCCACGGCCAAGUGGUGGUGGUGAUAGGGUACAAGCCGAGUGGGAUGGACAUUUCCAGGGACAUCGCUGGUGUCGCCAAAGAGGUUCACGUCGCCAUUCGAUCGCCUGCAGCAGCAGCUGCUAACAUUUCUCAAACGCAGCAGAUGCCCUUGCCCGCUAACCAGGCCCAUCCCAACUUGUGGCUUCACUCCUGCACGGUACACAUAUACGUGGAGCGUGCGGAGGGAGAUGGUAGCGUGGUGUUCCAAGACGGCAGCCGGGUCAAAGCGGAUGCCAUCGUGCACUGCACCGGAUACAAGUAUAGCUUCCCGUUCCUGGACGAGGACGACGCUGGCAUCAACGUGGACGACAACCGUGUCGGCCCAUUGUACAAGCAUGUCUUCCCGCCACGACUGGCUCCUCACAUCUCCUUCAUCGGACUGCCCUUCAGGGCAAUGCUUUUUCCAGUGUUUCAGCUCCAAAGCAACUGGGUGGCCGGGGUUCUGUCAGGAAGGAUCGAGCUCCCAUCGCAGGAGGAGAUGAUGAAGGAUGUCGCGGCGUUUUACUCGGACCUGGAAGCUCGCGGGUGCCCCAAGAGAUACACUCAUGACCUAGGAACCUCGGUACGGUUUCGAGUACGAGGACUGGCUGGCAGAGCGAUCCGGGCUGGACAAGAUUGAGGAGUGGAGGAAAGCAGUGUACCUUGCAGCAAGAAAGAACGUAACGGAUCGCCCGGAGGCCUACCGGGAUGACGACAGAUCGCUUCGAUAUGAUGCCACCGGGUGCGUUUGAAUGAAUUCCUUCUAGGCUUGCUUGCCAAGACCAUGAUUACGGGCGAUAUCAUAUUACUAACACUGGCGAUCUACUCCAAAUAUUGACCGACAUAACCAAACCUGUUGUCGAUUCGGAAACAUCUUGCAACUUAUUUACUGCAAUCUCUAUACACAGAGCUUAUUGCUGUUACUUAGUAUAAGAAAUGCAUUUAAAGUGUUAAAGUCGUAUAGUGAUUAAUUGUUUAGAAUGCAUUUUGUAUGUAUCCUCAUCUAUGAUAAUCAUUGCUU